AUGGUACUAUAUGUUGUUGGAUUAGGAUUAGGAGAUGAAAAAGAUAUUACAAUUAAAGGAUUAGAAGCAGUUAAAUCAUCGGCCAAGGUAUACUUGGAGUUUUAUACAUCUCUUUUGGGAGGAUCGACAAGUGUCGAACGUAUGGAAGCAUUCUAUGGAAAGCAAUUAAUAUUGGCUGAUCGUGAAUUUGUUGAAUCUGGUUGUGAAGGAAUGUUGGAAGAAUCUAAAACUAUGGAUGUUUCUUUUUUAGUUGUUGGUGAUCCUUUUGGAGCAACAACACAUACAGAUUUAAUAAUGAGAGCAAAAGAAUUAAAUAUAACAGUAAAGAUUGUACACAAUGCAAGUAUUAUGAAUGCAGUUGGAUGUUGUGGAUUACAGUUGUAUACGUUUGGACAGACGAUUUCAAUGGUAUUCUUUACCGAUACCUACAAACCAGAUAGUUUCUAUGAUCGUGUCAAAUCGAAUCGUCAAGCUGGUCUACACACACUCUGUCUGUUGGAUAUCAAGGUGAAAGAACAAACCAUUGAAAACAUGUUGCGUGGUCGCAAGGUCUACGAACCACCUAGAUUCAUGACCGUCAAUCAAUGUGCGGAGCAAUUGUUAGAGAUUGAAGAUAUUCGUGGUGAAAAGGUGUACGAUGAGAAUACUCUUUGUGUCGGUAUGGCUCGUGUCGGUCAAGACGACCAACAAGUCAUCACCGGCACCAUGAAGGAACUCGUCAGCAUCGAUUUCGGUGCUCCUCUUCAUUCCUUUAUUAUCUGUGGUGAUAUGCAUUUCCAUGAAUUAGACUUUUUUAAUUCAUUCCGUAUUAAUAAAGAAAAUAAAUUUGCAUUUAUCAAUUGGCUUAAUGCCAAACAAUUUGAAGCAAUCGAUUGGUUAAAUCUAAAGUGUGGCGAUCAACUUUUGGCUCAAACACAUCAACCAAAACUUUACGGCAACACUUCUGCUUUUCAAAAAAUCUAUAAACUAUUAAAAUCAAUGAAUAAUAACAAUCAACAAGAAGAAGAAGGAUUAAGUCAAUUAUUUAAUAUAGUUGAAACUAUAUCACCUUAA